CAUCUUCCCACUCGUCGGGCUGCUGUGUCUUCUUCUGAACCGGCCGGGCUGCAGAGCAGGAAGGUCCUGAGCCCGGGGGCCGGCGGCAGACCCCCAGCCUUCGGAGCGCGCUGGAGCCGAGAAGGGGGCGUCAGGAGCGCGGCCGCAGCCGCGUCACGCCCCCGGCCUCGCCCAAGGUCACGCUGCAAACGGCAGCUGUAGAGAUUUCGCGCUAGCGGCGGGCUGCCUGGACUGUGUCGCCAUCGAGCCCUGCAGGAUCUUCUGCUACGAGGAAGUGCCAGCAACUCUGACCCACGAGGCCUGGAAGGAGGAGACCUUUAGGUUGUGGAAGGGGUCUUGGUGGGCUCAGUUUCCCUUUAGCUCCUGGCAGACCUGGGGUGGGCUUGCCCCUUCCUGCAGACCCAUGGCGCAUCGGCUACAGAUACGACUGCUGACGUGGGAUGUGAAGGACACGCUACUCAGGCUACGCCACCCCGUGGGAGAGGAAUAUGCCACCAAGGCCCGGGCCCAUGGGCUGGAGGUGGAGCCCGCUUCCCUGGUACAAGCCUUCAGGCAGGCGUACAGGGCUCAGAGCCUCAGCUUCCCCAACUAUGGGCUGAGCCACGGCCUCACCUCCCGCCGGUGGUGGCUGGACGUGGUCUUACAGACCUUCUACCUAGCAGGUGUCCGAGAUGCCCGGGCUGUGGCCCCCAUCGCUGACCAGCUGUACGAGGACUUCAGCAAGCCCUGCAGCUGGCAGGUGUUAGAGGGGGCUGAAGCCACACUGAGGGGGUGUCGAAAACGAGGUCUGAGGCUGGCGGUGAUCUCUAACUUCGACCGGCGACUGGAGGACAUCCUGAUGGGUCUUGGCCUGAGGGAACACUUUGACUUUGUGCUGACCUCUGAGGCUGCCGGCUGGCCCAAGCCUGACCCCCGAAUUUUCCAGGAGGCUUUGCGGCUUGCUCAGGUGGAGCCAGCAGUAGCAGCCCAUAUUGGGGACAGUUAUCCCUGUGAUUUUAAGGGGGCGCGGGCUGUAGGUAUGCACAGCUUCCUGGUGGUUGGCCCAGAGCCUUUGGACGCUGCAGUCAAAGAUUCUGUAUCCCAGGAAUUCCUGCUCCCCUCACUGUCCCAUCUCCUGCCUGCCCUUGACCACCUGGAACUCUCUCCCCCGGAACUUUGAAUCUGAUUAGGGAAGUGGCUGGGCCCAGCGAACGCCGCAGACAGAGAGCCCCUUCUUUCCUGAGAUCUGGCCUUUGCCCCUCUCCCUGCAGUGUCCAAAUGUGUUGUGACCAUAAAGCAGUGAACACUG